CGAAAACGAGUUAGCUUGUGAAUGCUUUAUUGCGAGUCUGUGAGAUAUCCGCCAACCGGGCUCGCGGUCGCUUACUGCUCAGGCUAAAUUGUUACCCCCCGGUCUACUUGUAAAAUAUCGACGGGUCCCGGCUCAGUGUUCCAUCCAGCCGAAUGCAUACACACAUCAAUGCUUGGCUCAACCGCCUGGGGGCCUUGGCCAUCCAUCCUCGCUGACGGAUAGUUAAGCUCCCUCAUCCUCUCCAAAGGAUCCCCGCAGUUUGCUCUUCAUUCUCACCGUGUCGAUCUUCAACACCCCACCCCCUCCUCCUUCCCUCGAGGCCAUCCGCAGCGCCGUUACAAAGGGCCACCGGUCCCGGCUUCUGCUACCUUUUUUCUUUUCUGCCAACACCACUCCUCUGAGGGCAACACACUUUGGUGGGCGCGCCGUCACAACAACAUGCCCGGAAAGGAGAUUUCGGCCAUUGCCGCCCAGGAGGCGCCUCAGUUCGAGCAUGUCGUCUGGUACAAGGAUCCCGGCCUGCGCCGCCUGUACCUGGUGUCGUGCUUCGGUCUGAUGGUGGCGUCUGCCACGACCGGUUACGACGGCUCCUGGUUGAACACGGUGCAGCAGUUCGACUACUGGGAGAACUACUUCGACCAUGUCGGGACGGCCGACAACCAGAAGAACAUGCUGGGUCUGCUGACGAACAUGUUCACCAUCGGCAACAUUGUCUCCAUGUUUAUCGUCCCGUACGCUACGGACCGAUGGGGCCGUAAGCCUUCGAUUAUCGCUGGAUGCCUUUUUAUGAUUGUCGGCGGCUUUAUCAACACGUUCUCGAAGAACAUGGGCAUGCUCCUGGCUGGUCGUUGCAUUCUCGGCUUCGGAAACUCGCUCUCGCAGCUGGCCUCUCCCAUGCUCCUGACCGAGAUCAUCCACCCCCAGCACCGUGCCCCGGUUACCGCUGUGUACAACUGCUUGUGGAACUUGGGCAGUCUGCUCUGCACUUUCAUCGGUUGGGGCACGUCCUACGUCCCGAGCAACUGGUCGUGGCGGUCGAUCACCCUCAUCCAGAUUGCGCCGUCGGCGUGCCAGCUUGCCUUCAUCUGGUUUGUCCCUGAGUCCCCCAGAUGGCUCAUCUCCAAGGACCGCAACGAGGAGGCCCUGCAGGUCCUGGCCAAGUACCACGCCAACGGAAACACGCAGAACUCGACCGUGCAGUUCGAAUACCGCGAGAUCCGCGAGACCCUGGAGCUCGAGAAGGAGGCCCGUGAAAAGUCCAGCUACCUCGACUUCAUUAAGACCAAGGGCAACCGGUGGAGGCUUGCCAUCAUCGUGUCGGUCGGCCUGAUCUCCCAGUACAGCGGUAACGCCGUCAUCUCCAACUACAUGAACCUCAUCUACGAGGGCGCCGGUAUCACCGACCAGAACCAGAAGCUGGGCAUUUCGGCCGGCAAGACUGUGCUCGACUUGAGCUGCGCCCUCAUCGCUGCUUUCAUGGUCGACAAGGUCGGUCGCCGCCCGCUGUUCUUGACCGCCAUCUCGGGCAUGGUUAUCGCCUUCACGCUCUGGACCAUCAUGGCGGCCAUGUACGACAAGACCAACCACGAGAACGGAUUCGGUAUCGCGCAGAUCGUCUUCGUCUGGGUCUUCGGUAUCUUCUACGACAUCGGUUUCUCCGGCCUCCUGGUCGCCUACACGCUCGAGGUUCUGCCCUUCCACCUCCGCGCCAAGGGCGUCUUCAUCAUGAACAUCACCGUGCAGGCCACCCUGGCUCUCGGCGGCCAGACCAACCAGCUCGCCUGGGACAACCUGCCCGCGCACUGGAACUUCUGCCUCUUCUACACUCUCUGGGACCUUGUGGAGUGGGUCUGGAUCUACUUCGUCUUCGUUGAGACCAAGGGCCCUACCCUCGAGGAGAUCGCCAAGAUCUUCGACGGCGAGGACGCCGUUGCUCACGUGGACCUGAACCAGGUCGAGAAGGAGAUGGAGAUCGCCAACGUCGAGCAGGACGAGAAGAUCAAGUCGUAAGGGAGCGUCGUAAUGUUCUAUCCUUCGUUCUAGCCGCCAGCCGAUGCUCUGCGGGAACGUACUGCAAAACAGCCAGAGCAGGCCGUAACGACCUGGCCAUGUUGUUUUAAUCACUUUGAUGAGAUGUGGAAGUUCUGCGGAAAAUGGCUCAUACUUGCAUAGGUAGCUUCAAUGCAUACAUGCUGCCGUUGAUACCCGUCACUUUGGACCGAAGGCGUAUAUUGUUGCC